AAUUAGCCACCGCCCCUCUGGAAAGAUUGGUAGUUUAUUGGCUACAUAAGCUACCGGAAGUUAAGUGUCAAUUGGUUGGGCAGUCGAGUGAACCUUCCCGCCCGUGAUUUUCAUUGGCUGUUUUAAGGCCCUCCUUUCUGUUUUGGUCUGCGCGGAACUGGUUUCCAAUGUGGCGUUAGCUGUGGCAUGAGGCUUUCAUGGAUACCAAUAAAAAGCGUUAAUAUGGGGUUUAUACCUAAAAACAAAGAACUGGACUGAUGGCAGGUAGAUGUAAUAAGGUCAGUUAAAAGCGUGUAUGCUUACAGGAUGGCCGACAGUGGAACCGAAACGCCGAGCAUAGCUUAUAAAGUGUUCACGUUUGAAGACGAGAGGGAAAACGCACGGGAGUCCCUCUGUGUCUCCAUACCCGAGGUCCUCGACCCGCAGUUCGGCAUGUAUGUGUGGCCGUGUGCGGUGGUGCUGGCUCAGUAUCUGUGGAUGCACAGAGACGAGCUGAGAGGGAAGAAGAUGCUGGAGGUGAGGAGCACACAUUCAGACUCAGACAUAGGAUGUAAAACGAUUGUACAAACAUUGUUUAUGGAGGAUGACGAGUUGUUGCCUGUUACAGAUUUUGAAGACGUCCUUGUGACCGUUUUUUUCCUGCUGAGAAAAAACCCCAAAGCCGAGUUCUGGACGACGUACCAAGUACGAAGCGCCGACUGGUCGAUCGAGGUGCUGCUGCACAGGUGGAACCUGAGCUGCAUCGAGGUUCAGCUCGACCAGUUUGAUGCCGACACACCUGAGCUGGCCGGGUCGAAUCUGCCCGGCAACCACAGCAUCCAGAUGAUGAAAAUCACCCUGAAGACGGAGGAUGCUGGACAGAAGGCCGUCCACAGAGCUUCACCAUAACCUCAACCACACCAGCAGCACCCAGGCUAACCAGUGACUCAUGGUGUCUGGUCAGAGCUGCUUUUCCAGUCCUGACAAGCUGAAGCUGGAGGCUGUGCUUCCUGCUGUGAGCAGCAGAGGGCAGCGUUUCACCGAACUUGACACCUGAGGUCACAGUGAUUAAACUUCCUCGUAAGCGAGCGUUCCUGUGUGUGGUUUCUUUGUCUUAUUCAUGAGUUUAACUCUAAAUUCACACAUUUGUAGUGCAGCAGCUGGUUUUGCAGUUUACACACACGUGUGUGGAUGAUUCUGGUGGAUUUCUUAAUCGAACCCUCACUGAUACAGAUGUGGAGUCCAGGCCUCACACUCUUGUUUGCUGUGAGCUAACGUUCACACAAAAGCACAUUUUAAUGUCUCGCACUGUGCCUGACUGUACGUCUAUAUUCAAACCACAUGUGAUCCGCACAUAUAUGUUGUAUGAUAAUAAAAU